UAAACUUAAUUGUUGGUCAAAGUUCAAAGUUCACACCCUCUCACCAACUCUCUCCGUGUGUUCCAAGUUCAAAGCCUCUCUCUCUCUCUCUCUCAAACUAGGUCUAUUUCUCUUCAACAUAUCUCUCUCUUUUUCUGAUGGAUAUCCCACAAAAAUUAAAUGACAAGCCAGCAAUACAAGAGCUUUCUCAACUGAGUCUUGGACCAACAAUUACUACCCAUGAUAGUUUUAGGUUAGCUCCAACAGAGCAAGUGAAAUUAGCUGCCACUGCUAUCAGCCUCAACAUACGGUUGAGAUCAUCUGACAUGCCCCUCCACAUGCAAGAACGUGCCUUGAACUACACCAGAUCACUCCUUGACGAUUCAGAUUCAGCCCCAAAAUCACUCCCUAAGUUUAACCCCACCCACCUAGCUCGAGCUCUCAAAAAGGAGUUUGACACUUUGUACGGACCGGCGUGGCACUGUGUGGUGGGGACGAGUUUCGGGUCAUUCGUGACUCACUCACCGGGCGGCUUCGUCUACUUCUCCAUUGACUCGCUUUCAGUUCUGCUUUUCAAGACAGAGGUUCUGUUAGUCAAGGAACCAGGCGCAUAAACUUUAGUAUAUUGCUAUUUUCCCACAAAGCAAAGAGGAAAUCAGAGUACGAGACCUGUCCAAUUAUAAUUUCCCUGUGCCAUCUAAAUUCUCCAUCAAAUUUGUUCUGGUCUUUAUUUUUUUCAACUUUUUAAUUUUUUUUUUUUUAAUUUUUAUGUCCUGAUUGGAAAAUGCAACCACUCCUGAAUGGAUCAAGGGAAGAGCCAUGGUUGGAGAGAAAAAUCCUUGUAUUCAUGAUUAUAUGAUAUUCAAUGAAAAAAAAAAGAGGUUAAAAUGUGUCCUGUUAA